GGGCAUUGUGGUGUGGUGUCAAUGCUUGUCAGGAUGGGUGUUUUGCAAGGUGUGUUAGUGCUGGUUAUGAUUGCGGUCUUUGAUCUGAAGCAUGCAUGGGGAAGUUUGAGAUACAGUCAAAGUCCACGAAGCAUGAAGCCGCAAUCAGAUCCAGCUUCCAGAGGUCCUCCUCUUUCUUCUCAAGGGUUCUGGAACCCUUUGCAAAAGGCUUCUCCGUUUCAGAGUCAUGACUCCAGAGAAUUUGCACAAGAGCCUCUUGGUGUUCAGGAGAAGCAGGUGUUGCAGGGUCCAGUGAAGCCUUUGGACUGGAGGUUUCCCAUCGUUCCAGAGGUGCAGAGCGAGGUGGCGGUGGACUUCCAGUUGAGGCAACCUGUGACUCCCAGUAGUGUAGCUAUUCAAUGUGGUGAGAACCAGGUUCUUGUGGAGGUACAGCAGGACUUGUUUAGCAAUGGUCAGCUGAUCCAGCCAUCUGGUCUGUCUUUGGGAGGCUGUCCUGUUGUUGGUCAGGUCUCAAACUCCAGGGUGCUCCUCUUUGAGUAUGAACUGCAGGACUGCAACAGUGUGUUGAUGAUGACUGAGGAUGAGCUUGUCUACACCUUUGCUCUUACCUACACACCUGAGGCGCUCGCUGACACUCCGAUUACUCGUGCAGAUGGUGCAGUUGUUCGUGUGGUAAACUUCAUCAUCUCCAGAGCGCUGAACCACAGACAGUUGCGACAACUCAUUGAGGACUAUGACACAGAGUAUGGUGAUUUACUGAUGCACAGUGAAGGGAGGAGCCAGCUUAAUUCAAAGCUGUACUUAAUGGCAAAGACAAGUAUUGGUGGGCAUUGUGGUGUGGUGUCAAUGCUUGUCAGGAUGGGUGUUUUGCAAGGUGUGUUAGUGCUGGUUAUGAUUGCGGUCUUUGAUCUGAAGCAUGCAUGGGGAAGUUUGAGAUACAGUCAAAGUCCAGGAAGCAUGAAGCCGCAAUCAGAUCCAGCUUCCAGAGGUCCUCCUCUUUCUUCUCAAGGGUUCUGGAACCCUUUGCAAAAGGCUUCUCCGUUUCAGAGUCAUGACUCCAGAGAAUUUGCACAAGAGCCUCUUGGUGUUCAGGAGAAGCAGGUGUUGCAGGGUCCAGUGAAGCCUUUGGACUGGAGGUUUCCCAUCGUUCCAGAGGUGCAGAGCGAGGUGGCGGUGGACUUCCAGUUGAGGCAACCUGUGACUCCCAGUAGUGUAGCUAUUCAAUGCGGUGAGAACCAGGUUCUUGUGAAGGUACAGCAGGACUUGUUUAGCAAUGGUCAGCUGAUCCAGCCAUCUGGUCUGUCUUUGGGAGGCUGUCCUGUUGUUGGUCAGGACUCAAACUCCAGGGUGCUCCUCUUUGAGUAUGAACUGCAGGACUGCAACAGUGUGUUGAUGAUGACCGAGGAUGAGCUGGUCUACACCUUUGCUCUUACCUACACACCUGAGGUGCUCGCUGGCACUCCGAUUACUCGUGCAGAUGGUGCAGUUGUUGGUGUUCAAUGCCACUAUCAAAGGUUUCAUAAUGUGAGCAGUAAUGCCUUGAGGCCAACUUGGGUCCCUUAUGCAUCAACGGAGUUUGGCGAGGAAGUCUUGCUGUUCUCCCUGAAGCUCAUGAUGGAUGACUGGUCCUAUGAGAGGCCUUCAAACUCGUAUUUCCUGGGUGACAUUAUUAAUAUUGAGGCGUCCGUGAAGGUGUACAACCACGUCCCACUGCGUGUGUUUGUGGACCACUGUGUGGCCACUCAAGUACCUGAUGUGACUGCUCUUCCCAGAUAUUCCUUCAUUGAGAAUAAUGGGUAAGGUUGAUGCUAUAGA